CUGGAGACAGACAGCUGAGAGUGAAACAGCCGUGUGUGUUUGGUGCUUGAAAUUCAGAUGCGCUGCACGGCGUCUCGUCCCGAAACCCAAGACGACAACCAAGAAGAGUCACUUGGAUUACUGUCAGCACGUCUAAACCCCGAACACUUUUUUUUUCCUCAAGAAUACUUGCUGGUGUUAUUUUCUCUGUUAGGGCACAGGCAAAAACAUCGCAUUUUCACCUUUUAAAAGCAGCAGUCUUCUCGGAAGGGGCCGCACCUUCAGCUGAACAUCAUCCAGUGAUCAUGCAGAAAUGAGGAGAUGCCAAGAAUCCUGUUGGUGAACCUGGUCUGAAGAUCUACAUGAUCUUCUGGAUGUGAAGUGUCACAAAAGUUGCAGAGCAGACGAGAUCAAAGAAGACUGGGAGACAGGCGAAGAAGUGAACGAAGGAAGGAAGGAGUUGGUUGGACUGGGUGAAGGGGGAAACCGAAGGGCUGGAUGCGAGCCUCUAUUCAUUCUAGAAGUUCCCAGGUUCCUCAGAGAUGGCCUCCAACUUCAAUGACAUUGUCAAGCAGGGCUAUGUCCGCAUGCGCAGCAGGAAACUGGGGAUCUAUCGGCGCUGCUGGCUGGUGUUUAAGAAGUCGUCCAGUAAAGGACCUCGCAGACUGGAAAAAUACCCUGAUGAGAAGUCAGCCUACAUCAGAGCCUGUCCUAAGGUGACAGAGAUUAGUAAUGUGAAGAAUAUCACAAGAUUGCCUCGUGACACCAAGCGGCAAGCCGUGGCCAUCGUCUUUACAGAUGACACCUCUCGGACCUUCACCUGUGAAUCAGAGCUGGAGGCUGAAGAGUGGUUUAAGACCUUGUCUAUCGAGUGCCUGGGGACACGUCUUAAUGACAUCAGUCUUGGGGAACCAGACCUCUUGGCUGCUGGAGUUCAGUGUGAACACACAGAGCGUUUCAAUGUGUUCCUGUUGCCUUGCCCCAAUCUUGACAUCUACGGGGAGUGUAUGAUGCAGAUCACGCAUGAAAACAUCUACCUGUGGGAUAUUCACAACCCUCGCACCAAACUAGUAACCUGGCCGCUUUGCUCGCUCAGACGCUACGGACGGGAUGCCACGCGCUUCACCUUUGAGGCUGGCAGGAUGUGUGACAGUGGCGAGGGCCUGUACACUUUCCAGACACGGGAAGGAGAACAGAUCUACCAAAGGGUUCAUUCUUCCACUCUAGCUAUAGCUGAACAGCAUAAGCGAGUCCUCAUGGAAAUGGAAAAAAACAGCAAGCUUUUAUCUAAGGGUUCAGAGGGGACGUCCUACCCCUGCACCCCGACAGCAAUCUUACCACGAAGUGCUUUCUGGCACCACAUCACUGGAUCACAGGCUGGGGUGGACACUGCCAAUGGUGACAUCUACGGUGAUACUCAACCAGGAGUGGACACUGACCUCUUCUCUAAACGCCUUCCUCCAGAACGACACUCCACACUUCCCGUGGGCCACGGCUGCCCCCAACCCCCGUCGCACUACCCCACGUACCCCAGCGAGUGAGCGCCUUUUGAGCAGCGAUGAAACCUUCCAGUUUUUCACCUCUUGACCUCCCUCCACACUGCACUCUGCCCUAAGUUUUUCCAUCAGCUCUUCUUCAGCAAGGGAAGAUCCAUGCUGCCAUGCUGCCUCAGUUCCCCCUGAGCCUGCCAGCGACGCUGAGGGCACUUUCUGUGGAAUGAGGGAAUGCACUGUGAAGCUUGAAGCGCUUCGAUUGGAGCAUGGCCAACAGAUCCUUAAAACUGACUGAAGAGACGUUGGCUCGGUCGCCUUCACAGUUCACAAUAUGGUCACUCUUGCUGGGUUUCUGUGGAAGUAGAGACUGUACUGUAGGUUCUUCUCAAUAGUAUCUCUAUUCUAACUCUAAUCUCAUGCACGCUCUUCAGCCCUAUGCAUGUCCCCCAAGGUAAACCGUUUUAGAAGCCCCAACACAAGAGGGUGUCCAACAAACCACAGCGGCCUGGAGGAAAGGCCGUCAGAGUUUCAUCUUAAGCACUUCUGCUCUUCAGUAUGAGUAAUCCAAAGCGUGUUUUGAUCAGAUGCUUUAAUCGUUAUUUGAUUGGCAUGUCUGUAAGACUUCCCAAGCCCAGAGGACUUUGAGGAACCAGGAGCACUUUCUCAAUAUGGUCGUGCAUUUUGUUUCUCCUUUUCCCUUUCUUUAAAGUGACUUAAAUGGACAGUUCUGAUGUACAAAACUGUCUGUCCAGUCUCUGUGUUAUGUAAUGAAGAAAGCCAUUUGGACAGAGGUGAGGGUUAGACUCGCUCAUGUGCUCUUGUUGAUCUUUUCAGAGAGACUGAUCCACCAUUUUAUCUGGAAGAUGUCGUGAGGGUCAGAGAUGGAUUAGAAGAUCAGAAGAUUAUGAAUAUACCCAGCUGAGGUGGUGUAAGGAAUUAUUUAUUUAUUUAUUGAAGUUUACCAACAAAGCACAAGACAAACUGCAGUGCAUAGUAGUAAGUUUCCUUUAGCAGCUCAGCAAUUCUGUAUGUAAAAGGGUUUAUACUAGCACUGUAAAAGAGGAGAAAAACAUCUUAAAUAAGGUGGUAGGCCUCACACGAGACGUGUUUCUUGUUUUCCAUGCUUGUCAACUAUUUCCAGUAAUUUCCAUGAAAUUAAGGGUAUCAUUAUUGCUUUUAUUUCUCAGCAGACAGAUAUUAUGUGGCUGUAUCAUGUGUUCAACCAGCUACACUGUUCCUGUUUUUUUUAACGCUGUACCUCUCAGUUUAAGACCCUGUAUGAGCGGUUAGUGCAUAAUAAGCUGGUUUGCUCAUUGUACUUUGAUUAAUCUGAUCGACCAGCAUGGUAAAGCUGGUUAACCAAGACAGUCUUGCUGGUUAAGCAUUUCCAGCGGGGCUUUAAUUUGUUUAUCACUCCCUGUACUCUCUCUACUAAGUGUCAUAAAGGCCAAAAAUAAAAAAACACACUCUAAUAUGUCUGGCACAUAAUUAAUUUGGUUGUAUUCUCGAAUUGAGCUACAGUCCUGAGGGUUUGACUACGUGUUGCUUCAUUUAUUUUAUACAUACAGUCAUUCAGUGCUGGGAUUUAUUAAGUCACGUCAUGUACGUUUCAUUAAAAGGGCUUGAGCUGAUCGAAUUGUCGUGAUUGAUGAAAAGAAAGUGGAUUUUUUUAUUUUUUCCUUGCAGACAGUUUUAAAAUCAGUAUACAGGCUGAAGUUGAAAGUUUACAGACACCUUACAGAAUCUGCAAAAUGGUAAUUAUUUUACCAAAAUAAGAGGGAUUAUACAAAAUGCAUGUUAUUUUUUUAUUUAGUAAUGACCUGAAUAAGAUAUUUCACAUAAAAGAUGUUUACAUAUAGUCCACAAGAGAAAAUAAUUGUUUAAUUUAUAAAAAUGACC